ACUUGUUACUCUUUGGUACUAUUAGUCUCAAAAAAAUUUGGCAUUUGGGUCUCUAACCCGGAGUCUCCGUUUCAGCUGUCACCCGUAACCGGUAACAGUCGGCCGUGGCUGUCUCUACUCCGUGCUUCUCCGCCGCUAUAUCUCUCCUACUCCUGUAUUAUCAAAAUUCUUUAGCUCCUAAAACCCUUAAUUUUUAUUAGUAAUUACCCAGAAGACCAAAUUUAAGGAAGAGUUUUCUUGAUUUGUCCUGAUUAUAUACGUGUAGCAACCUUAGAAUGAAGCCCACUUGACCCAAGAGAAUUAGGCUAUGGAAGAUGUAGGAGGAGUCCAGAGGACUUGAAUUUGUGUCGAGUUUGGGGAGGAAAAGGGGAGGGAAAAAUGUCAGUUGCCGAGCUGAAGGAGAGGCACUUAGCCGCCACCCAGACUGUCAGUGCUCUCAGGGACCAAUUGAAACAGAAGCGUCUUCUCCUUCUUGACACCGACGUGGCGGGAUACUCUAGGUCGCAGGGUAGAACUCCGGUGAGCUUCGGCCCAACGGAUCUGGUUUGCUGUCGGACUCUGCAGGGCCAUAACGGCAAGGUGUAUUCGCUUGACUGGACUUCAGAAAAGAAUCGCAUUGUCAGUGCAUCCCAGGAUGGUCGAUUAAUAGUAUGGAACGCUCUCACAAGCCAAAAGACACAUGCUAUUAAGCUACCCUGUGCAUGGGUCAUGACUUGUGCCUUCUCACCGACUGGGCAGUCUGUUGCCUGUGGUGGACUCGACAGCGUUUGCUCCAUCUUUAACCUAAAUUCUCCAACUGACAGAGAUGGUAAUCUACCAGUGUCGAAAAUGCUUAGUGGGCAUAAGGGCUAUGUGUCAUCAUGUCAGUAUGUUCCUGAUGAAGAUGCACACUUAAUCACUAGCUCUGGAGAUCAAACAUGUGGCUUGUGGGAUAUAACUACAGGUCUUAGGACAUCUGUCUUUGGAGGUGAAUUUCAAUCUGGCCACACUGCUGAUGUGCUAAGUGUCUCCAUUAAUGGAUCAAAUUCAAGAAUGUUUGUGUCUGGGUCUUGUGAUUCAACUGCCCGUCUUUGGGACACUCGGGUUGCCAGUCGGGCUGUCCGGACCUUUCAUGGUCAUGAAGGAGAUGUUAAUGCUGUAAAAUUUUUCCCAGAUGGAAAUAGAUUUGGAACUGGUUCGGAUGAUGGAACUUGCAGAUUAUUCGAUAUUAGGACUGGGCAUCAGCUGCAAGUGUACUAUCAGCAACAUGGGGAUAAUGAGGUGCCGCCUGUUACUUCAAUUGCAUUUUCAAUUUCUGGCAGACUUCUUUUUGCUGGGUAUUCAAAUGGUGAUUGCUAUGUAUGGGAUACCUUAUUGGGACAGGUCGUUUUGAAUCUAGGAACUCUUCAAAAUUCUCACGAGGGUCGCAUUAGUUGUUUGGGAUUGUCAGCUGAUGGCAGUGCUUUAUGUACAGGAAGUUGGGAUUCAAACUUGAAGAUCUGGGCUUUUGGAGGGCAUAGAAAAGUGAUCUAAAGAUUCAACUUUUGAUUUCCCUAACGAAUAGGCUCCUGAUUCACCGUCCGUGUGUACGGUUCUUGUACACCAGUAAGCUACUGUGUGCCAGGGAUUAUAAUUUUGUCCUACAUUUAACCUUGUGCAUUGUGACUUGUUUAUUGCAGAAAUAAUACACAUAUAUAUAUAUAUUUUUAUGAAGGCCAAUUGUGAAUUCA